AUGACAAUAAAAUCUAUAGUUAUUUAUGCUGAUGAAGGAACUAUUAAUGUUUGUGUUUAUUAUUCAAUGAAAAUGCUUCAUUCUCAAUACCAAGAAGCUAGAAUAAGAAAAAUAUAUGCUAAUGAAUUAAUUGAAGGUAAAUGGAUUUCUGAAACUGAUUUAUUUGUUAUGCCAGGUGGUGCUGAUCGUCCAUUUCACAAAAAACUUAAUGGGAUAGGAGUCAAAAUAUUGAAAGAAUUUAUUAAUAAUGGUGGAAAGUAUCUUGGAAUUUGUGCAGGGGCAUAUUUUGCAUCAUCAUUUAUUGAAUUUAAUAAAGAUAUUCCAAAUGAAUUAAGUCUAUGUGAAGAAAGAACAUUAAAACUUUUCAAUGGUAUUGCACAUGGACCAAUAUACCAAGGAUUUGAAGAAUACUCUGAACAAGGAGCUGUCAUAAUUCCUAUUUAUUAUCAAAAUAAUCAAAAAGUAGAACUUUAUUAUAAUGGAGGAUGUUCAUUUGUUGACAAUUUAAAUCAAUACAAAGAGAAUCAUUUUCUUGCAAAAUAUCAAAAUGGAAUGAAUGCUUUGUUCUUUGACACUAUUGGUAAAGGAAAAGUUAUUCUUUCUGGUCCUCAUUUUGAGUUGGACAUAGAAUGGUGUGGUAAAAUGCUUAAAGAACAUCAGAAAAGUGAAUUUGAAAUGAGAAGAAAACUCUUUUUGAAACAUGUUUUUUCAUAUUUUUAA